CUCCGCUCGCCACCGCUCCUUCCUCCUGGAGGAGCCUUCGCUGGGCGGAAGGAUGGGCUGCAUCGGCUCCAGGACAGUAGGAAAUGAAGUGAUUGCUGUGGACUGGAAAGGGCUAAAAGAUGUGGACCAGAUCAACAUGGACAGCACCAGCUCACUCCAUGGAAGCAGCAUCCACAGACCGUCUACUGAGCAAACACGGACAGAUUUCUCCUGGGAUGGCAUUAAUCUAUCCAUGGAAGAUACAACUUCAAUUCUUCCCAAACUGAAACGAAACUCAAAUGCCUAUGGAAUUGGAGCUCUUGCUAAGUCAUCUUUAUCUGGCGCCUUAGGGAUAUCCCGCAGCAUGAAGGAUCAUGUCACGAAACCCACUGCCAUGGGGCAGGGCCGUGUUGCACACAUGAUUGAGUGGCAGGGCUGGGGCAGCAGCCAGCAGCAACAUACUCAUGAGACAGUACGCAAGGAUGCAGAUGCUUACUCUGACCUGAGUGAUGGAGAAAAAGAGGCCCGAUUCCUUGCAGGAGUGAUGCAACAGUUUGCUAUUUCAGAAGCCACACUGAUGGCCUGGUCUUCCAUGGAUGGCGAGGAUGUAAGUGUCAACUCCAGUCAGGAAAACCAAGCUGGCAACUACAAUGAAAACUAUCAAGAGAUGAUGGAGAAUCAAGGUGACUCCCAUGCAGAACACCUGGCCCAGGUGCAGUAUGACAGCUGGCCUCACUCUUACGUCUCACAAGGAAUGUACUGCCUGGGUUCGUCUGAUGCUUGGGAAACCAGUGAUCAGUCCCUCAUUGCAUCCCCAGCUGCUGGUUCUUACCUUGGCCAGAACUUUGAGGAAUGCCAGUCUAACCUGCAGGAAAGUGUUUUAAUCCAGAACAACCUUAUCCAGCAGCACCAACUGUUACAAAUGCAACAGCAGCAGCAGCAACAGCUACAGCAGCAACAACAACACCAGCAAGUGCAACAAGCUGUGUUCCAAAAUACUGGCCUUGUAGAUGUAUGGCCAGCUCAGACAACUCCUAGUGGUGAUGAUAGCAUUGGUAAUGGGGGGGAUGCUGAAUCCAGCACUCUUGUGGGAGUUCACGCAGAAGAGGAAGGGAACCCCGUGCUGGAGAAAGCCCCCCUGUUGAACAAGAAACCUUCUCCAGAAGAGGACGAUGUUGUAUGCCGGGAUCUGGAGUCUCUUUCACCCAGAGAGGAGGCAGAGCCUGCUGCCCUUAGCCGCAAGGUUUCUGAUGUUACAUCAUCUGGAGUUCAGUCCUUUGAUGAGGAAGAAGGUGAAACCAAUAACUGAUGCUGGCUGUUGAAACCUUUGACAAUAUGCAUGGGAAACACGGGUGGGGGAAAGUGUCAGGGAAGCCCCUCUCCAGCUCCUCAAUUCCCCCUAUCUCAAUUCCCCAGGCUUCCCAGUUCCUCAUAGCACACUUGUUUAUCCUUAGAUUUAUGGAAAGGUAAGCCAAGGACCAAAGUGCUGGGCGUUGCUAACUCCCCCUCUCCUCCUGCACACAUUAGGCUGAACUUGUAAGACUUAUACUGCCCAGAAAGCUCAGGGAAUGCAAGAUAGUGGCCUCAUGUGGACAUUGCAAACAGUGGGAACAGGUUAUGCUGGUAUCAAGAGUGGCUUUGUGAGGCUGAUUCCAUUAACACCGCCUCUGAGAAAAUGCUGCUUCGGUCUGGCUCUUGGAACCUGGUGGAUCAAUGAUAGGGAGAGAGGGAUGCUUCUUAGAUAACUUUGCAGCAAAAAAAGCCAGGCCUCAUCAAGAAUUCUACUCAUGGAAAUGAGGUGCUAUUUGGAGAGAAGCUUUCACUUGAGGCCUAGAGGACCAUGAAGUGGAGGGCAUGGAUCCAGACUGUGGGACUUUAGGGGUAGUGACUAUUCCGUGAGGUACUCUGAGUCCAAUUCAAACCUCAUUCUUCAGCACGUGUGCAUGCAUUUGCCGCUGAAAGCCUCUUUAUGCACCCACCCUCGGUUAACUUUGCCUAUAUGGGGGCUGGAGAGGGUUUUCCCCCUCUAUUUAUUAUUGGGCACUGCAUGUAGGGAAAAGGGAGCGGGGGUCAUCUGUCAAUCUUAUAAUUUAUGCAGACAUGGAGUUCAGUCUUUCCAUUGUAUACAGGGAAGACAAGACAAAGAAACAAAAACAAACACAUACCACAGCUUAACUAUGUACCUAGUUUUCCUCUAUUUUUUCCCCAAAUGUUUAUAUUGCAACAGUUUUUUGGCUGUCAGAGGGAAUGGCCUGGUGCCAUCUAGUAGUGUAAGGUAAUAGACUUGCAAGUUCCUUUGAAAAUAUUGCAAAAUUGAGACUGGGCCAAGAGUAAUUCUCUAUU